AUGGGUGGUUGCUUCAUGUGGGUGAGCUACAUGUGGGAACAAGGGGAACAGCUCUGCCAACUAGUACCUGGUCAACCAGCCCCGGGAUAUCCACCAGUCCCAGGAUAUCCACCAAUCCCGGGAUAUCCAGAAGUUCCUGGAUAUGCCCCGGGAUAUCCAGUUCCUGGAUAUGCCCCGGGAUAUCCAGUUCCUGGAUAUGCCCCGGGAUAUCCACAAGUCCCGGGAUAUCCACAAGUCCCGGGAUAUCCACAAGUCCCGGGAUAUCCACAAGUCCCGGGAUAUCCACAAGUCCCGGGGAUGCCAUAUCUUUACAACCCAAACAUGCCUGUUCUGGAGUCCUCGACACCAACGCCGACGCCAACGCCGACGCCGACGCCGCCGCCAUCGCCGCCACGAACACCGCCGAAUCGCUAAUGGUGGGAACCUCGUACUCGUACGUGGUGAGAGCUGGUAACUAGGUAAUAAACGUUUAUUGUUUUAUUAAAUGUUCGGAUUAAUAAAUUUAGUUUUGUCUAUUGUAGCAAGGUUUGCACGAAAACAGACACACGAUAGCAUUUUUGACUGCUUUCGGUUUUUCAACGCCGGAUCUAAAAAAGGCCGGGCCCCGAGGGGUUACUGUAGGACAUGUUGGGCAAAGCUUCCACCUCAUAAGUUUCCCAUGUGUCCUCACUGCUACAUCCCAAUUGAACCGUGUGAGUGUCCUUGGGUACAGUACUGUGUGGCUUGUGGCAAUGAACCCAUUAAUACAAAACCGCCAGCCUAAUUCUGUCAUCACUGCGCAGCCCGGGUGAGGCUUGGUCAGUUGCCGACUGCCCAAUACUGCCCUUGGUGCGGAAUUUUCUUUAGGACGUACGUUCCAGAAUAUGAUUCUCGCCAUCCUGUUGAUUUUGGUCAGCCCUCGGUGGAGUCGUCGUCGACGUAUUGGACCACAGUUUGGUAUUAUACAGUUUAUUGGUGGUGAGAGGUCAGAUAGGGGCAAACGAGCGAUAACUUAAAACGUCUCGUUUAGGCAAACUUAGACAUUGAUCAUUGAUUUGCCUAUGCCCGCAUGCGGUUCUUGAAAGAAUAAUUCUCUCACCCUGUCUCUCAGAGAUAAUCCUCUCUCUCUGAGAGAUAAUUCCCUCUCUCUAUAUGAUAGAUAAGGAGAAGGAGAAGGAGAAGGAGAAGGAGAAGAGAAGAGAAGAGAAGAGAGGAGGAGUCCACUUUCUCAGUAUGUGGACGAAAUCAUUCGAUAAUCCAGACUAGUCUCUCUCUCUCCUCUCUCUCUCUCCUCUCUCUCUCUCUCUCUCUCCUCUCUCUCUCUCUCUCUCUCUCUCUCUCUCUCUCUCUCCACUCCACUCUCCACUCAGUAUGUGGACGAAAUCAUUCGAUAAGGAAUAAAAACGGAAGAAAGAGGAAAUUUAUUUGAUAUUGAUAAUGGUGGGAGUAAAAAUUUGAAAAAAGACGUGUGUUGAGGAGAUUAUCGAAUGAUUUCGUCCAGUGGAGUGGAGAGAAGAGAGAGAAGAGAGAGGAGAGAGGAGAGAGGAGAGAGGAGAGAGAGGAGAGAGAGGAGAGAGAGGAGAGAGAGGAGAGAUUAUCGAAUGAUUUCGUCCACAUACUGAGUGGAGAAGAGAGUAUAUAUACACACACACACUAGUCUGGAUUAUCAUACUGAGUGGAGAGUGGCACUCUAUAUAUAUAUAGAAGAGAAGAGAGAAGGAGAAGAGAAGAGAGAAGGAGAAGAGAAGAGAGAAGGAGAAGAGAAGAGAGAAGGAGAAGAGAAGAGAAGAGAGAAGGAGAAGAGAAGAGAAGAGAGAGAAGAGGUCCACUCUCAGUAUGUGGACGAAAUCAUUCGAUAAUCCAGACUAGUCUCCUCUCUCUCUCUCUCUCUCUCUCUCUCUCUGAGACUAGUCUGGAUUAUCGAAUGAUUUCGUCCACAUACUGAGUGGAGUGGAGUGGAGAAGAGAGAGAGAAGAGAGAGAGAGAGAGGAGACUAGUCUGGAUUAUCGAAUGAUUUCGUGGAGAAGAGAGAGAGAGAGAGAGAGAGGAUUUCGUCCACAUACUGAGUGGAGUGGAGUGGAGAAGAGAGAGAGAGAGAGAGAGGAUUAUCGAAUGAUUUCGUCCACAUACUGAGUGGAGAGUGGAGUGAAGAGAAGAGGAGAAAGUGGACACACAUACACAUACACAAACACAUACACAAACACAUA